AUGCGGUCGGGAGGCGGGGCUGGGCAGCUGCCGUUCCCGUCUGUCGCAGGAGGCAGCCGCGGGCUGGUGGUGGGUGUGUGAGGUGAGAGCGGGACGUGGAGCUGCUGUCAUGAGCUACUCAGGUUAUGGCAACUGGAACUCUGGGACAAACAGAGGAUAUGAGGGAUAUAGUUACGGCUAUGGAUACGGUCAAGAUAACUCUGGCAAUUAUGGGUAUGGUAUGGCCACUUCAAACGCUUGGGAAAUGCCUAAUUCAGACGCAGACCCUAACGCUUCCACUGGCACCGAUGCUGUUAUAGCAAAAAUGAACCAGCGCUUAGAUAUGGUGUCUCAUCUAGAAACGGACACAAUGCAAGGAGGACAUUAUGGCUCAGGUGGAGACAGGUAUAAUACAUAUGAGUCCUACGACUCAAGGUCUUCACUGAACGACCGUGAUCUAUACAGAUCCGGCUAUGAUUACAGUGAGGCUGAACAUGACACCGAAAAUGCCUAUGAAGGUUGCUAUGACAGCUUCUAUGGGAACCACAGGGACCAGUACCAGAACAGAGCAUGGGACAACUUUGGCCAGCGGGGUCAGAACUGGGUCAGAGACGGGCGAAAUAACAGACCCAUGGCAUCUUCAUAUUCCGGGCACAUGGGCGGACAGUGGAAUGAGCCGCCACAGCCAAUGGGAGGGCGGGGCCAUGGCCCCCACGGCUCCUCUAGGCUCCCAUCCCUCUUCUCCCACAACAUUAUCCCAGAACUCAGCAUGUUCCAGGGAAUGCGAGGUUUCUCUGGAAACAUGCGCUUUGGAGGAGGCGGCAUGAAACAACGAAUGAGGAGAAACUGGAAAAUGUGGGACGCAGACUUUAAAUCACAGAAAAAGAAAAUCAAGAAGGACCCUACCUCUAAGAAGAGAAAACAGACUGACAGCACUGAUGAACCUGAUAGCAAGGCAGCAAAAACUGAUGGCUCUGACAACUCCGACUCUGAGAAUGAGGAAGGGACUGAAGGAGAAGCAGCAGAGAAGGAGGGCUCCAAAGCUGAGGGUGAAGAUGAAGAAGGAAAAGAUUCUGAGAAAGGUGCUUUAACAAUUCAAGAAGAGAUCAGUCAAAUCAAGCGCAAAUUGCAGGCAGGCAAGAAAACUCAAGAGAGGCAGAAAAAGAGGCAUCGGGAUCGCAUGGUAGAAAGGAUUCAGUUUGUUUGUUCACUGUGCAAAUAUCGGACCUUCUAUGAGGAUGAGAUGAAUGUACAUCUGGAAAGCAAAUUCCACAAGGAGCAUUUCAAAUUUGUUGGAACAAAACUGCCUCAGCAGACAGCUGACUUCCUCCAGGAUUAUGUUGCUAACAAAACAAAAAAAACCGAAGAACGCCGUAAAGCAAUUGAAGACAUUAAUGCUGUUAUUCAACAGAUCUAUAAAGACCAAGAUCUUACCCAAGAUAUUGGCAUGGAACACUUUAUUAAAAAGGUGGAGGCUGCUCACUGUGCUGCAUGUGACCUCUUCAUCCCAAUGCAGUAUGGAAUUAUCCAGAAGCACCUGAAGUCCCUUGACCACAACCACAACCGCAGAGCCAUGAUGGAGCAGUCCAAGAAAUCAUCUUUAGUAGUUGCAAGAAGUAUUCUCAAUAACAAACUGAUCAGCAAGAAAUUGGAGCGGUAUUUGAAGGGUGAGAAUCCCUUCACAGAUGAUCCAGAAGAGAAGGAGGAGCAUGAGGAAGGAGAGGGUGGAAUGAGUGGAAAUGCUGAAAGAGCGGGUGGAAUGAGUGGAAAUGCUGAAGGAGCAGAUGGAAACAAAAUUGAUGAAGAAAACCAAGAUGAAGAAAAUAAAGAUGAGGAAAGCCAAGACCAUGAGGAGAAACCAGAAGCAGAAACAACUGAGAAUCAUGGGGAGCAAGAGGAGAUUCAGGCAGAGGCACAGGCAGAAGUAGAAGCAGGCUACACAGAGGAGAAGAAUUCACAAGUUGCAGAGGAAACCCUCACUGCUGAGGAGGAAGAGCAACUGCUGGAAGGAGGUGAGGAAGAAAGCAAAGAAGUUACUGCAGCAGAAGAGGAUGAGCCCUUGGAGGGAGGUGAGGAAGAAAGCAAAGGAGUUACUGCAGCAGAAGAGGAUGAGUCCUUGGAGUAGACUCUGGAUGAGGAAGCUGACCUGUUUAAGACCCAGCAUUGUUUUUUUUUUUUUUUAAAGCAUAACUAUCUGUGAAACUUCAUAGUAUGUUUUUGGUUAUCAUUCUACUAAACUUUCACCUAGUUAUGGCAGUUGAAAGCCUCUAUCUGUAAAGUGUUUUUGGAAAUAGAUUUUUUUUUUUUUUACCAAACCUUCAUUUUAGUAGCUAGGUUUUGUGCAGUCCAAGUUUUUAGAUGGCUUUGUACUAGAAGAAUUUCCUUUGAGCAUGUGUACAAAACAAAUUGUGCCUAAUGCACUACGUACUAAAUCACAAUCUGACAGAUUAAACCUCUUACUGUUGUCCCUGUAAAACUUUUAUAUAUUUAAAAAAAGUGAGUUGUCCCUUAGCCAGCCUUCCUGGAAGCAAAAGGAGUCUCAAAUCCAGGGUUUAAAAAUCUGCAGUGUAUGCUGUAAAAUUCUGCGUAAUUUCCAUGUGACUGUAGUACUCUUCCCAAUGUUUUACUCUUCCUUUUUAAUGCAAAGCAAAAAUAAGUGGUGUCAGCAUUGUAUUGUUUGUAAAAUGCUUUCACUUAAAGGUGAAUGUUUUCGGUGGGUGGAGAUAAAGCACUACACUGAUAUUA